GCUUAUCUCUACACUUCAUUUACCGGCUAACUACGUCUCUACAGUUCAGUAUUCGCUCACAUCUCACAGUGAACAGUUAAUUAAUUUCUGAGCCUGAAGUAAAUAUUCAAAAUGUCUUUGGAGCGUUGGUCAAAUUGUACUGCCGUCGUAACUGGUGCCAGUUCGGGCAUUGGUGUUGCCAUUGUUAAGGAGCUGUUGGAUGCAAACUCCACAAUACGUGUAGCCGGCUUGGCUAGACGUUUGGAACGUAUGGAAGAAUUUCAAAAAAUCUUACCCGAUGAUCAGCAGAAACGCUUUCAUCCCAUCGCGUGUGACGUCUCCUCAUUGGAGUCGGUGAAUACAGCUUUCGAUUGGAUUAUUAAGAAUUUAAGUGGCGUUGAUAUUCUCGUGAAUAAUGCUGGUAUUUUUAAUGCCGGUCAAGCUACGUCAAUGAAUCCGCUCGAGCUGCAACAAGUAAUGCAAACCAAUGUAAUGGGUGUGGUGUUUUGUACCCAACGUGCAUUCCAAUCGAUGAAGGAUCGCAGUGUCGACGGACAUGUUGUGAUUGUGAAUAGCAUUAUGGGUCACACGAUACCAACGCUUGAUGCACAAACAGCACCCAGCUCGAAUUUGUAUGCGCCAAGUAAAUAUGCGUUGACCGCACUCACCGAAAUUUAUCGGCAGGAGUUUAGGGGCUUGGGUACAAGGGUUAAAAUUACGAGCAUCAGUCCCGGCUUGACCGAUACCGAUAUUGUUGCUGAACGUUCGCGUGGCGGUAAGAAGCCCAUUUUACAGCCGGAGGAUAUUUCUCGUUGUGUCGCCUUUACACUCUCCACACCAGCGCACAUGCAAAUUCAUGAGAUGAUUGUGAAGCCAGUGUUGGGCGAAUAAAAUAUCUUGAAAAUAUUGUGAGGGUUCUUUUAUAAACAAUUCUUGUAGAGUUAUUGGAGCCAGACUCGAAAUAUGUAUUAUUAAGAAUAAAUGAAAACAAAACAAAAA